AUGCCCAUCUACUUUCAAGAAGGCAUCACAUUCUCCGACCCAUCCUACGCCGAAUCAAUCAUCCGCUCCGCAUUCCAGGGAACAACCCUUGAAGCGAUCUACGAUGGCUACGACGAGACAAAGGAAGUCUGGAUUUGGAACGACUGGCACACAAGCAGCGACCCGAACCAGCACCUGACGGUCAAAGUGUUCGAGGACCGCGACGGGUCGUGGAUGACGACGUUCUACCAUGUUUACGCCAACGGCAGUUAUCGGUUUAUGGGCGAGGAGAGUGUUAGUAGUCUUGCUGAGCGGAUGGAGAGAUAUAAUACGUCGAAUUGGGGGUGGGAGAAUCGGUAG